GCCCAGCCUGGCCCAGCCCAGCCCGGCCCAGCCCAGCCCAGUGCAGUGCACCGGGCAGCGGCAAGGCAAGGCAAGCCACCAAUUGUACUGUAAGAAUGUACCUCCUCCAGUACCUCGAGCACGUACAGAUUUGUACCUGGCUUGCCUUGCCUGGCUGGCACUUGCACCCGCUGCGGGCCCCUGUUCGACUGCCCGUCUCUAUCCCAUCACUUUCUCUCUCUGCCUCUCUUCCUCCCCGUCCGUCUUCCCUCCUGCGCUUUCUUUCGUCGUCUGCAGCUCCCCUGCUCGACGUCGUGUCGACAUUCCUCUUCCUGAUCAAACCCACCCUCUUACACCAACCGGUCGGGGAGGAAUACUCGCCCUUUUCGAAUCGACUUCCCACUUGCACCCGGGAAGGGUUCAUGGUCACAUCCUUGGUGCACCGCCAUCCUCGUCGGCCUCGCAGGUGAGCCGUGUCCUGACGAGCUCCCUCCCCGUCGCCCCGGCCUCUCGACCGCCGGCCGGCGCCUUUCGAUUCGCCGCUUUCCCAACGGGAUACGAAGUCCAUCGCAGACCCUACCGAGUAUCUGCGGCCUCUCCGCGUCUCGGCCUCGCGACAAGAUGGCGACUCCGGCCUCUAUCCCCACAAAUCCCUCGCGGGACUCGGUCCAGCGUAUGCAGCGCAUCACGAGGGAAAACCGCAGCUUGUGGUAUCAGUUGACGGUUCUCCAACAGCCGGAGCGUGCUCGAGCGUGCGGCUCGGGCAUGAAAGCUAAUAGCGAUCGUCGUCCAGUCGAUCCUCCGCCCGUCGUUGAGCUGCGCAUCAUUGAAGGCCCCUCGGUGGAGGAGGGCAAGGAAAUCACCUUCGACUACAAUGCCAACUUCUUCCUCUACGCCAGCCUCGAACAGGCUCGCACCAUGGCUCAUGGCCGCGUCCAGACCCCCGCUGCCAGCAACCCCCCGAUCCUCACCGGCGUCCCAGCCUCGGGCAUGGCCUACCUCGAUCGACCUUCCGAGGCCGGAUACUUCAUCUUUCCCGAUCUUUCCGUCCGACACGAGGGCUACUUCCGCCUAUCCUUCAGCCUGUUCGAGACAACCAAGGAGGAAAAGGACUUUGAUCUGAAACCGCCUGCCGACGGUGAUAUGCCUCCGGGUGUUGACUGGCGGAUGGAGAUCAAGACGCAGCCGUUCAACGUCUUUAGCGCCAAGAAGUUCCCGGGACUCAUGGAAAGCACGCAGCUGAGUAAGACGGUCGCGGACCAGGGCUGCCGGGUUCGCAUCCGGCGUGACGUGCGCAUGAGGAAGCGCGACAGCAAAUCGAGCGGGUACGACAGGAGGGACGAAGAAUAUUCACGCCGCAGGACCGUGACGCCGGCGCCCGACGAUCCCCACGGCAUCCGCGCCCGGUCACUCAGCAACUCAAGUGAACACCGCGUUCCAUACGGCGCAGACGCGGUCAGGCGGCCGUCAAUGGCAGAUCCGUAUUCGCUCCCCCCGCCUCCGCCGGCGUACGAGCAAGCACAGCCUCCUAGCCGCGGAGGGCACCUCUCGUUUGGAGACGCAUCCGCCUCGCAUUACGCGCCCUCUCGUCCUUAUCCUCACCCGACCGCUAUGCCGGCGCCGCCAAUGUCUCCCAGCGGGCCGUACCCCUUGUCGUCGCAAUCUCCAUAUAGUUAUCACCAUGGCCGGGCCUCGACCUCCACGGCCAUGAGCUCAACGUGCCCUUCGCCGGCCCUGUCGAUUAAGCAGGAGCCAUACGACAGGACAUCAGGGACCUAUGUUCCGCCGUCACCUUCGGUGUACCAUCCGACGGAUAGACACUCGCGGAGAGACUCACACAUGUCAUAUACAGUGGCGACGCCGAUAUUGCCCGCACCAGCACCGAGAGCGCCGACGCCCGCGUCGACCCGGCCGCAUCCGGCUCCUCUCAAGAUUGCGGCUUUGAUGUCUCCGUUGCCGCCUAUAGAGGCGCAGACGGAACCGAUAGCGCUGCCUCCCGUGUUGCCCACUGGUUCCAAGCGGAAGCACGACUACGUGUUCCAGCAGUCGGCCCAGCCGCUUCACCACGGGCAGCGCCAGGUGGAUCCCCAUCUGGGAGGGCACAGACGGAUCGCGCACGACCAAGACGUGGAGCAGGGAAUGUACUCGCGUGCGGACGGCAAGGUUGGUGUGGUUCACUUUGGCGGCUGGCAAACAUAGGGCGGAGCCCCUUGUCUUCGCUGUUAGCGAUGAGGUGGAUAGUGGCUUGGUGAAUCGGCGUUUCGCCCGGAGUUUACGGCGGCGGAGCAGUUCCCACUUUGCGGUUUCGCGGCUACCCUGUCGCAAUACGAUAUCUCUCCUUGGGUUCUUGGGUUUUAUCUAGGGAUGGCGUCUGGGCGCAAAUUUUGUUUCACUCUGCGGGCCUCGAAUCACGGGACGACGAAAGAUGCGGAGUCGUGGUGUCGAGAAGCACGUUGAUCGCGGCGUGUUCGCCAUGCGGUGCGUCUGCCGGCAAGGCGACUUGGCGUGGACGAGACGGCGACCGGACGGGCAAGGGCGGAGAGGCUCAGCACGAUGGCCUGGCUCACAUCUCAGCUGGCCUGGCCACCUGGGUGGUGGUUGCCGGAUCCGCGUCGCCCGUCCAUGUCGGAGCCGAAUACUCUUUUUCAUCGAUAUAACAUUGCUUUCAACUCAACUGUACGCAUCUACAACCUUCCUGUUCGACCCUAUGCUCGCGGCCUGAGGGUGCUACGACGGGGCGGUGGCAGGAUAUGGCGGGCAGGGCUUUAGGGAGCGAGCGACGCCACCGAUAAAUGACGACAUGGCAGAUGGCUCUUUACGAAAAUCAGGCUGUCGAGUGGAGUUGUGGGAUCGUACGGUCCGCUUCUUUUUGUUUAUCUUCAUGUUUGUGUCUGGAAGAUUGAGAUUGAAUGGAACCAUGAUGAUGGAAGUAGAGGUGGAGGAGCAGAGAAGGGCCCUGAUGGGCUGGCUGUAUGUACGUAGGUAGUCGAGCCGCGGACAGACAACAGGCACAACACAAUCACGGGACAAGAGAGCAUUCCGCUGGCC